UGUUCUCAGAACCUUCCAGUCUUCCAUGGUCUGAGCAAAAAAAAGAGCGAACAUCUGUUCGGUGGUAAAAUUUGGCGGGUAAGUUGCUUGGCGACUUUUAUGGCAAAGUACACUUGUCUUUGUGAAGGGACAAUGAGCGCUUCCUCUUUCUCCCUUCUGCAUAAAAAGAAGCGCUGA